AUGGCAAAGAAACCUGUGAAGUACUACGUGGUGGAUGCAUUCACAGAUUCAGCUUUCAAAGGAAACCCAGCAGCAGUGUGUUUAUUAGAACAAGACAGAGACGAUAAAUGGUUGCAAUCAUUAGCUGCUGAAUUCAAUAUUUCUGAAACAUGUUUCUUGACUCCAAUUCAUGGUACUUCUGUUCCUCGUUUUGGUCUCAGAUGGUUUACUCCUACUACUGAGGUUAAACUUUGUGGUCAUGCCACAUUAGCAGCUUCACACACACUCUUUUCAUCCGGUUUGGUCGACACCAAUGUUAUUGAAUUCGAUACACUAUCUGGAAUUUUAACUAUCCAAAAGAUCCCUUCAGUUGAUGCUACUGGUGCGCCGAAUUUGCAGAAUGGUGAAGCUCCGGUUGGAUUUUAUAUUGAAUUGGAUUUUCCUGCAGAUCCUACCACAGAAUCCAACUUGGAUGACACUUCACUCAUUGCUGAUGCAUUGAAUGGUGCUUCAAUCAUUGAUAUCAAGAAGACACAAAACGAAGAUAAUUUAAUUGUUGUUGUCGCGUCUGGAAAAAAUGUGACAGAAGUAGAGCCGCAACUUGAUGCAAUUGUUAAAUGUCCUGGAGCGGGAAUAAUUGUUACAGGGAUUGCUCCUCCAGAGUCAGGAUUUGACUUCUACAGUCGAUAUUUCAGUCCAAAAUUUGGAAUCAAUGAGGAUCCUGUUUGUGGAAGUGCACACUGUGGCUUGGUACCCUAUUGGAGCAAGAAGCUGGGGAAGUGUGAUUUUAAGGCUUAUCAGGCAUCAGCUAGAGGGGGAGUUCUUGAUCUUCAUCUUGACGAGCAGAAACAAAGAGUGUCUUUGCGUGGGAAAGCUGUAACAGUGAUGGAAGGGUUUGUUCUGGUCUAG